AACCCAAGGUUUCUGGGGAAACCAAAGGCCAGAAUCCUCACAAGAUGAAAAAAGACAAAGAGAUCUUAAAACCUUACAAAUUGUCUCAUCAGAUUCUGAGUUUGACAGGGAUAAAUUUCACUAGGCAGACAGUCAUUGGAUUUACUGAACUAACAUUAAUCCCAUCUAAGGACAGCAUCCGAUACAUCUGGUUGAACUGUAAACAAUGUUGUGUGUAUCGUGUGACUCUGAAUGACACUCUUGAAGUACAGUUCCAGUACUCUGAUCCACUUCUUGAAGUAUGCCAGCAAGAUUCCAAACAGAGGAAUCUUGAGUACCUCAACAAAUCCCAGCUAACAGGGGUUACUGCAGUAGACCCAGAGAUAGGUCGAGGAGAACUUGUUAUAACAGUUCCCUUAGAAGCUCAGAAUAUGAUCCAGGAAGGGAAACCUUUACGUGUUGGAGUUGAAUUUUCCCUGGAAAAACCUCAGUCAGGUUUGCAUUUUGUGGUGCCUAACACAGAAGGAACAUUAGUUGAGAAAGGGGCACAUAUGUUCACAUAUGGCAAUGAAAAUAGUGCUCGAUUAUGGUUUCCCUGUAUUGAUACUUGGAGUGAAGUAUGCACUUGGAGACUGGAGUUCACAGUUGAUGAGUUUAUGACAGCUGUAAGCUGUGGUGACCUCUUAGAGGUUGUCUACACACAGGAUAUGAGACGGAAAACUUUCACUACUAUCUUUCAACCCCAACAUGUGCCCCAAAUAUUGCUCUUGUUGUUGGGUAAAUGA